CCCAGAGAGCAACCAUAGCUGCUGCAGGGCCCUGGGCCCCCCGGUCCUCCACCCCUUCAGCCAUCCCCUUGAGGCAAGACCCGCCAUUCCCCUGCACAGCCAGUGGGUCCCCAGGAGCCACCUGACCAUGUAGCUCCAGGGAGCAGCAUGGGCCCCACUGAAUGGAGACUCCUGGAUCUGUAGCCCUGAGCCUCUUUGGCCCCUGGACCUCACCCCACACCCGGGGACACCCCUGGGAGCUCACCACCGCUGUUGCCAGCCCACCUCAGCCACCCCCACCCCCUGGGACCUGGAGUUGGCCGCCUGGAGCUGCAGCUGUCCAGUGAGGGUGUGCUGAGGACAGCCACACGCAGCCAUCACCCAGAAGCCGCUUGUCCAGUGCUGACCCUCGGGGCCACCCUGAGCAGGGACUUUGGCAAACAUGGGUGAUAUGACCAACAGCGACUUUUACUCCAAAAACCAAAGAAAUGAGUCGAGCCAUGGGGGCGAGUUCGGGUGCACAAUGGAGGAGCUCCGCUCCCUCAUGGAGCUGCGGGACGAGGCCGUGGUCAAGAUCAAGGAGACUUAUGGGGACACUGAAGCCAUCUGCCGGCGCCUCAAAACCUCACCUACGGAAGGUUUGCCGGGCACCGCUCCAGACCUGGAAAAGAGAAAGCAGAUUUUUGGGCAAAACUUUAUACCUCCAAAGAAGCCAAAAACCUUCCUGCAGCUUGUGUGGGAAGCGCUGCAGGACGUGACACUCAUCAUCCUGGAGAUAGCGGCCAUCAUCUCCCUGGGCCUGUCCUUCUACCACCCACCUGGCGAGAGCAACGAAGGAUGUGCUACAGCCCAGGGUGGGGCAGAAGAUGAAGGAGAGGCAGAAGCAGGCUGGAUUGAGGGGGCUGCCAUCCUCCUCUCUGUCAUCUGUGUGGUCCUGGUCACGGCCUUCAAUGACUGGAGCAAAGAGAAGCAGUUCCGGGGCCUGCAAAGCCGCAUCGAGCAGGAGCAGAAGUUCACUGUGGUCCGGGCCAGCCAAGUGGUCCAGAUCCCUGUGGCUGAGAUUGUAGUUGGAGACAUCGCCCAGAUCAAAUAUGGUGACCUCCUCCCUGCUGAUGGCCUUUUCAUCCAGGGCAACGACCUCAAAAUUGAUGAGAGCUCCCUGACGGGGGAGUCUGACCAGGUGCGCAAGUCCGUGGACAAGGACCCCAUGCUGCUGUCAGGGACCCAUGUGAUGGAGGGCUCAGGAAGGAUGGUCGUGACUGCGGUGGGUGUGAACUCUCAGACUGGCAUCAUCUUUACCCUGCUGGGGGCUGGUGGUGAAGAGGAAGAGAAGAAAGACAAAAAAGGUGUGAAGAAGGGGGAUGGCCUUCAGCUACCAGCGGCAGACGGUGCAGCAGCUUCAAAUGCUGCAGAUAGCGCAAAUGCCAGCCUAGUCAAUGGUAAAAUGCAGGAUGGCAAUGUGGACAGCAGCCAGAGCAAAGCCAAACAGCAGGAUGGGGCAGCCGCCAUGGAGAUGCAGCCCCUAAAGAGUGCCGAGGGAGGCGAUGCAGAUGACAAGAAGAAAGCCAACAUGCACAAGAAGGAGAAGUCGGUGCUGCAGGGCAAGCUCACCAAGCUGGCUGUUCAGAUUGGCAAGGCGGGCCUGGUGAUGUCGGCCAUCACAGUGAUCAUCCUGGUGCUCUACUUCACCGUGGACACCUUUGUGGUCAACAAGAAACCGUGGCUGCCUGAGUGCACCCCUGUCUACGUGCAGUACUUUGUCAAGUUCUUCAUCAUUGGCGUGACAGUGCUGGUAGUCGCCGUGCCCGAGGGACUUCCUCUGGCUGUCACCAUCUCGCUGGCCUACUCAGUGAAGAAAAUGAUGAAGGACAACAACCUGGUACGACACCUGGACGCCUGUGAGACCAUGGGCAACGCCACAGCCAUCUGCUCGGACAAGACGGGCACACUGACCACCAAUCGCAUGACAGUAGUACAGGCCUACGUGGGCGAUGUCCACUAUAAGGAGAUCCCUGACCCCAGCUCCAUCAACGCCAAGACCAUGGAGCUGCUGGUCAAUGCCAUCGCCAUCAACAGCGCCUACACCACCAAGAUCCUGCCCCCAGAAAAAGAAGGUGCCCUGCCUCGGCAGGUGGGCAACAAGACGGAGUGCGGCCUGCUGGGCUUCGUACUGGACCUGAAGCAGGACUACGAGCCGGUGCGUAACCAGAUGCCGGAGGAGAAGCUGUACAAAGUGUACACCUUCAACUCUGUGCGCAAGUCUAUGAGCACUGUCGUCAAGAUGCCGGACGAGAGCUUCCGCAUGUACAGCAAGGGCGCUUCAGAGAUCGUGCUCAAAAAGUGCUGCAAAAUCCUCAAUGGGGCGGGGGAGCCCAGGGUCUUCCGGCCCCGUGACCGGGAUGAGAUGGUGAAGAAGGUGAUUGAGCCCAUGGCUUGUGAUGGGCUUCGUACUAUUUGUGUGGCCUACCGUGACUUCCCCAGCAGCCCUGAGCCUGACUGGGACAGUGAGAAUGACAUCCUCAAUGACCUCACCUGUAUCUGCGUGGUGGGCAUCGAGGACCCAGUGCGGCCUGAGGUCCCAGAAGCCAUCCGCAAGUGCCAGCGGGCAGGCAUCACGGUCCGCAUGGUCACUGGUGACAAUAUCAACACAGCCCGGGCCAUUGCCAUCAAGUGUGGCAUCAUCCAUCCUGGGGAGGACUUCCUGUGCCUAGAGGGAAAAGAGUUCAACCGGAGGAUCCGCAACGAGAAGGGGGAGAUCGAGCAGGAGCGGAUAGACAAGAUUUGGCCAAAGCUGCGGGUGCUGGCUCGCUCCUCCCCCACAGACAAGCACACCUUGGUCAAAGGCAUCAUCGACAGCACGCACACUGAGCAGCGGCAGGUGGUGGCUGUGACAGGGGACGGGACCAAUGAUGGGCCUGCACUCAAGAAGGCCGACGUGGGCUUUGCCAUGGGCAUCGCAGGCACAGAUGUGGCCAAGGAGGCCUCAGACAUCAUCCUGACCGAUGACAACUUCAGCAGCAUCGUGAAGGCAGUGAUGUGGGGCCGCAAUGUCUAUGACAGCAUCUCCAAGUUCCUGCAGUUCCAGCUGACAGUCAAUGUGGUGGCUGUGAUCGUGGCCUUCACAGGUGCCUGCAUCACACAGGACUCCCCUCUGAAGGCUGUGCAGAUGCUCUGGGUAAACCUCAUCAUGGACACAUUCGCUUCCCUGGCGCUGGCCACUGAGCCACCCACUGAGACCCUGCUUCUGAGGAAGCCAUACGGCCGCAACAAGCCGCUCAUCUCGCGGACCAUGAUGAAGAACAUCCUAGGCCACGCUGUCUACCAGCUCACCCUCAUCUUCACCCUGCUCUUCGUGGGCGAGAAGAUGUUCCAGAUCGACAGCGGGAGGAAUGCACCCCUGCACUCGCCACCCUCAGAGCACUACACCAUCAUCUUCAACACCUUCGUCAUGAUGCAGCUCUUCAAUGAGAUCAACGCCCGCAAGAUCCAUGGUGAGAGGAACGUCUUCGACGGCAUCUUCCGGAACCCUAUCUUCUGCACCAUCGUGCUGGGCACCUUUGCCAUCCAGAUAGUGAUCGUGCAGUUUGGAGGGAAGCCCUUCAGCUGCUCCCCGCUGCAGCUGGACCAGUGGAUGUGGUGUAUAUUCAUCGGCUUAGGAGAGCUUGUCUGGGGCCAGGUCAUCGCCACCAUCCCCACAAGCAGACUCAAGUUCCUGAAGGAAGCAGGCCGGCUCACACAGAAGGAGGAGAUCCCCGAGGAAGAGCUCAACGAGGAUGUGGAGGAGAUAGACCACGCAGAGCGGGAGCUGCGGCGCGGUCAGAUUCUGUGGUUCCGGGGCCUGAACCGAAUCCAAACACAGAUCCGCGUCGUGAAGGCGUUCCGUAGCUCUCUCUAUGAAGGGUUAGAAAAGCCUGAGUCUCGAACCUCCAUUCAUAACUUCAUGGCCCAUCCUGAAUUCCGGAUCGAAGAUUCCCAGCCCCACAUCCCCCUCAUCGACGACACCGACCUGGAAGAAGAUGCCGCGCUCAAGCAGAACUCGAGCCCGCCGUCAUCGCUCAACAAAAACAACAGCGCCAUCGACAGCGGGAUCAACCUGACGACAGACACGAGCAAAUCAGCUACCUCUUCAAGUCCAGGGAGCCCCAUCCACAGCCUGGAGACGUCGCUUUAGCUGAGGACCCUGCCGGCCGCCCCGGCCUCCCGGGCACUCACCCCUCCAGGCCCCGACUCACUACCCGGCGAGGAGCCGCAGCAGGAGCGCAAAAGCGAGAGAAACGCGAUGUUUCCACCCCCAGGCCCUUUGGCUGCGAUGCUGUUUGAACCCUUUUUCACUCCGACGCAAGGGGCCGGGUUCCCCCGGGAGCGUGGGGGGUGGAAGGCGACCGGAGCAAGCCCUUCCUGGCUCCCGCCCAGACACGGACCAGCCAUGCACCCGCCCCGGCCAGGGUCCUCCCGCAUGAAUGUACUGGACACUUCCCAUCCUCCCCUGGGUUGGUUCUUGGGGGGGGGGGGGCUGGGGAGGAGGAUUACUUGUUUUCUUAGGCGGGAACUGCAAACACUCUUUUCUGAGACUACUUAUCCAAUCCACUGGUCUGUAAUUUUUGAAAUGCUUGCGCAGCAUGGUCUCAGUUGUAUAGAUUAAUUUAAUAACUUUUUGAAAUUGCAGAGCUUAACUUGCCUUGUAGAUUUGCACCAAUGGAACCCAAGAACUUCAUAGACCUCACAAGGUUAUAUCCAUUUCUUUGUAUCUAUAUCAACGUAUACUUCUCCAAGACUGUAUACGUCCAUAUAGAUAGGUAGAGAUAUAUAUAUAUAUAUAUAAAUAUAUAUACAUGGAUCUAUAAAGUUUCUUUGCCGGCAUGUUGCCUUGUUUCUGCUUAAAUUGCUCUAUUUUAACUUAUUUAUGUCCUAAAAGAUGAAUGUAACUUGUUUACAAACCUGUAGAUAACGUCUCUGGCUAUUUGUACGGUCUAAGAACUCUGCUGGCCGAGAUGCUAUCAAAACGGCUCGACCAAACAGACACUUGCCCUGGAUUGCAUCCUUGAUAUUUUACAAUAGCCAUGCUCUGAUUUUUUGCCUGCUGUUUCCGUUCAAUAAUGUCACUACCGUGGGAGGCUCAGGCAGAAGUCAAAUGCUCCGAGGAUCCAUCCUGAGGGGUUCAACAGAACAAAACGCUCCGUAGACGAAGGGAGAAGAGGAGAGAAGGCUCCAAAGCACAGGUCGAGGACUUUCCUCUCAAUGAAACUCGCUUGAGUUUACCAAGAGCAUUUCAAAACCAAGUCGUCUCUGGCUCUGUCUGUGCAGAGGUCGAGGUAGUGUUGAGAUACUAUACAUGCUAUUGUGUUGAUUUUUUUAGUUAGUAAUUUAGAGGUUUAUUUCCUUAUAAAGGCAGCGUAUGAGCUGUUGGCAUAGUGGAUGAGGGUUGGUAUGGCUUGCUGCUUUUAUUUUUAUUUUUGAAGAAGAAUAGCCUUUUUAUCUGCACUAUUUAGAUCCGAAUGAACCUUACAAUGUGUAUAUUGAGAUGUAUUCAGUGUGAUUUUUAAAACCAAAUUGUCUUCCUGUAGUCACAAUAUAUACUGUAGCCUUUUAACAGCAAGUCCUGCUUUCCCAGAAAGAAAGCCAUUCUGAAACCCUCCCGUAUCACAGGUGAGAAAAGGUGGCUAUUUUUUCCCCCAAGACAAUAACGGCACUAGUAAUCCCACUUAAUAAGAGCUUAUUUAAUUGUCUGUCGGCCUCUUAACUGCUAAGCACUUUGUGGGUCUCAGCUUUUUUCAUAAAAGAACUUUUGUAUUUAAUACAAAGUUUGCUUUGAGACUUUUCAGCAUACAAUCUUUUUCCAUAAACUUGUACAGUGCAAAAGACAUUUUGAAUACCAUGAUCGAUGAUGUCCCAGGCUUCGAGGAAAACCAAACACUUUCUGCCUCGCUUGCAAAAUCCAUUCUCCAUGCUGACCCUUGCCACACUCGCUCUGCGUCAGCCCGGCCCCUGCCCUACUCCAGGCCCAGAGAACUUUUCCACUCACAAGAUGAGAGCCACUUGGGAAAAGAGCCAUAGUCAGCUGGGAGGGCCUACGUCUGGAUGGCUGUGGAAAAACUUGAGGGGUUUAGGGUUCAAAGUCAGCCCAUCCCACCUGGCAAAAUCUUUCUAUAAAGAGGACCUUCUGUGUGAAAGAGCACCCCCUGAAUGUCAUGAAGAUCUCUGAAUGUACCCAGCAGAGAAAACUGCAUCCCAGCCACGGGGGACCAGCCCUCGGAUGUGCUGGUUGGAUUCCAGUAUGAACAUCACCAAAGCCAGGCCGUGCACACUUCUGAGGAAGGAGAGCCUUGCACACAGGAAACACAGGGCAGCCCUGGAACAUGGUGGUUUUUUUGGAGUUUUUUUCUUUUUCCUUGCAUUUCUCCAUCCCCCCCUCCUUCAUUCAGUCAUGUAUCUGUGACCUCAUUCCAUGACACCAGGAGAGUUGUGCUUGCACACCAGGCUCCCUGUGCUUUUGGAACCAGGACACAAGGCAAACAGGAGUCAGCUUGGGGGAUAGGGAGCUGAGGAAGCCACCAAGGAGGCCUGACAUUAGCAUUGAUCUCUCGUCAGGAAUGAUGGAUGAUCACACACAAACAUACACACACACACACACACACACACACACACCCCUCUCACUCUCACACUUGCACACAUACACACACACACACACACACACAGGAAAUGGUUUGUCAAAACUCACUGUAGUACACAAAGCUUGCACUCUGCGUCCUAUAUCUAGCAGCAUGGGGUACGUUUGGCAGUUCACCCCACUAGGGGGUCAAUAAUUUAUGACCAUCUGUUUUUAUGAAUUUUUUUAUCUAGACAAUAAUUGUAAAUAAAGAACUCACUGUCUCUGUUCAUUUAAUACUAUGCAAUGGUCAUGCUUUUGAUUGCUGAUUCCCACAGGGGGGUUCUGAUGUCUGUGUUCUAAAAGGCAAAAAGAACAUCAAACAGAACAUAGGAAAUCUGUUCUCUGUGCUGUAUGCUCUUUUCUUGGGGGGGAGCUACACCCCUUUCUUUCCUGCCCUCUGCCAGGACCCCAGGGAAAGUUGGGAGAUUCAGGUCUGAGGUCUAAGGUCACCAACUUCUCUCCCCACUCCAACAGUCAAGGGCCCAGAGGGGGACCAUUCAAUGACCCUGGCCACUCCAGAGUUACCUGUCUUUGGAGAAAGGCAGGGAGAGCUUGAUCUGCCUCUCAACCAGAGCUUUCCCAAAGUCAGGAGUGGCCGUCAUGGCUCCACUACCCCUUGCCACAGCCCCUUGUAAGAGGGAGGACACCCUGCU